UCGAUUUUUCUGCACUUCGGCCCCAUGACGCUCCACCCAUCUCGCUCAGUCGCCUCGGCGACGUGCAAGGCGCUGCGGAGAUACAAUGCCUCGGCGCAAUCGGUCGCGUGCAGGCUCGGGCAGCCGGUCCGGCAACUGUCGACUUCGUUAGCACGCAACUCCGAGGCCGCCGAGGCCGUCGAGUCGGCCACCGAGCAGCAGGUUCGGCCACGGUGGUCGUACACGCCAGAGCGCAUGAAGGGACCGGGCUUCUCCAUCAACGUCGUCAAGGACCGCAGCCGGACCGUCUGGCACAACAACGAGGAUCCGGCGAAGCUCGAUGCCAUGUACAACCGCCUCCUGGGGUCCAAGGGGGACAGGAUGCUGCCGGACGAGAUCAAGUGGCUGGCCAUCACACACAAGAGCUUUGAUCAGGGGCGGCGAGGAUUCAACACAAGGCUGGCCUACUUUGGGCGCCUGAUCGUUUCUCUCGAGACCACACGGCACAUCAUAGUCGCACCGGUGACGGCGCGAGAUCCUCCCCGGGACCCGUUCGGCCGCGAGCCUUUCCAGCACAGCGCGCUCGCCAACAUUGACAAGCUUAACACGAGGCAACCGAUAGACGUCGUUUCCAAGGAGAAGCUGGCCAAACUGGCCGUUGAUGUUGGCCUGCCAGAAGUGGUCAGGUGGAAGCCAAGAAUGCCCGAGAACCUCGAUGCCUCCGGUAUGACGGUUGUGCUCAACACCGCCCUCUUCGCCAUCAUCGGUGCUAUAUCCUUGCAACAUGGCGCCGAAGUGGCCCAACAGGUGGUUCGGGAAAAGAUCCUCAGGAGGCUGGGCGCAUAAUGACAACUGCGGCGCGGUAAUAGACGUGUAUAACUCUGUACCAUAUCACGGGGCAAUAGAGAGGCAGGCCGG